UUUUCGAUCAAUUAGCAGCCCUUUUAUUGUUUUAAUCUUUUAUUUUAUACUUAUGUUAACUUUAUUUUGUAUUUUGAUUUUUUAUUAGAAUUACAAUAUAUUUUAGAUAAAAAAAAGAAAGAGAAUUUCACAUAAAUCUCCUAAGAUUUAGAAGUAAAUUCUUAAAGGUUUUUACCACUAAACUAUUCUUGCAAAUACUUGCUUACUUUUUAUUUGAAAAUGUCUAAAUGAACCACACCGUCUUAUAUAUCUUCCAAGAAAUUGUAUUAGCUGUUUUUAAAACCAAUAUUUAUAAAAUAAAACACGUUGACUGUUCCUACCUGGAUGUUUCCAGGUGAAACCCAAUGUACAACUUAAGGAUAAGGAAACAAGCUCUGUACAAAUAUAUCAAACCACAUAAAAUUAAAGUUCCUAUGAUCAGUUUUUGCACAAUUUACAAACCUUUCAAUGAUUUACAGACGCCCACAACAAGCAGCAGCAGCAAUGGCGUCUUUGAGUAUUUCUUUUUAUGUUAAUUUUUCCAUCUUUUUACUUCUCAUGAUCACUCGAGCCUUUGGUCAGCCAGCCUUGAGAUACGGCGCCUUGUGUCUAGGUAGUAACUUCACCAAUAACAGCACCUACCAAAUAAACCUCAAUCACCUCCUUUCCACCCUUCCUUCAAACACCUCGAUUGACUAUGGAUUUUACAAUCCUUCUUACGGCCAUAACCCCGACCACGUUCACGCAAUCGGACUUUGCAGAGGAGACGUUCAGCCGGAGGCUUGCCGUAGGUGCCUCAACAACUCUGCACAUCGUCUCACCGACGGUUGUCCUAAUCGGAAAGGCGCAAUGGGAGGUUAUGACGAAUGCGUGUUACACUACUCAAGUGAUGAUGACUCCAUAUCUGCCGGAGUCGUGAAGUAUCAUCCAAGAUUCUAUUUGUGGAAUACUAAUAACGUAACAUCAUCGAAUGUUGAUGGCUUUAAUGAAGUCCUCAUGACCUUAUUGGCUGACCUGAAAAGUAAAGCUGCGGCUGGUGACUCAUUUUGGAAAUAUGCAACUGGAAAUCAACCUGUUCCGGAUUACUUUAAAACUAUAUAUGCACUUGUGCAGUGCACCCCAGAUUUGUCCAGGAACAAUUGCACCAAAUGCUUAGAUAAAGCUAUAGGAGAUAUUCCAAUUCAUAGUGCUGGCAAACAAGGUGGAAGAGUUAUUCUUCCAAGCUGUAACAUUAGGUAUGAGAUCGAAAUCUUCUACGAUCCUGAUCCUCCAAAAUCGGUCAACAUUCCUCCUAGUGCUACCCAAGGAAAGAAGAGUAACACAUCUCAAACUAUCAUCUUUAUAGUCGUGCCAAUAGCUGUUUCUGUGGUACUAAUUAUCUCCAUUUGCGCCUAUUUAAGGCUGAGAAAGGCAAAGAGAAAUGGGAAACGAAGACAUUUUAAUUUAUCUAAGCCAGAUCGCGCAGAACCUGAAGCAGUGGAUGAAAUUGCAACUGCGGAAUCCCUGCAAUACGAUUUCAACACAAUCAGAGUUGCCACUGAAAACUUUUCUGCGGCAAAUAAGCUUGGACAGGGAGGUUUUGGUCCUGUUUACAGGGGUAAGCUUUCCAAUGGCGAAUAUAUAGCGGUGAAAAGGUUGUCUAGAGAUUCUGGCCAAGGACAGCUUGAAUUUAAGAAUGAGGUUUUAUUGGUUGCCAAGCUUCAGCACCGCAAUCUAGUUAGGCUCCUCGGUUUCUGCUUGCAUGGAAAUGAAAAGCUUCUUGUUUAUGAAUUUGUUCCAAAUGCUAGUCUUGAUCAUUUCAUAUUUGAUCCAAUCAAGCGAGCAAAUUUGGAUUGGCAAACGCGGCACAAAAUUGUAGGAAGCAUUGCUCGAGGGCUCCUUUACCUUCAUGAAGAUUCUCGUCUUAGAAUUAUUCAUCGUGAUCUCAAAGCUAGUAAUAUUUUGUUAGAUGCAGAAAUGAAUCCUAAAAUUUCAGACUUUGGCCUGGCAAGGUUGUUUAUAGUUGAUCAAACUCAAGCCAAUACAAAUCGAAUAGUGGGGACCUAUGGCUACAUGGCUCCGGAGUAUGCAAUGAAUGGGCAAUUUUCAAUUAAAUCUGAUGUCUACAGUUUUGGAGUAUUACUGUUGGAGAUUAUAAGUGGACAAAAAAAUAACAGUUUCCAUCAGGGAGAGAAUGUAGAAGACUUGUUAAGCUAUGCAUGGAGAAAUUGGAGGGAGGGCUUAGCUAUUAAUGUUGUAGAUGGCAUGAUGAGGGGUGGUUCAACAAGUGAGAUAAUGAGGUGCGUUCACAUAGCAUUGUUGUGCGUCCAAGAAAAUCCAAGUGAUAGGCCAACCAUGAAUUCAAUUGUUCUGAUGCUUAAUAGCAACUCUCUCACUCUCCCUCUACCCUCACGCCCUGCGUUUUUUAUGGGCAGCAGCACCAUUGGAUCAGACGAUAUGUCAUUAGUAUCGGAUUACAAUUCAGGGGCCAUAGAAUCUGAUGAUCAUUCUAGAACCAUAAUAGCGAAUUCUGUCCAACUGUCGACAAAUGGGGUUUCAAUUACUGAUCCUUACCCUCGUUAGUUAUGUGAGAUCUCAUCUGUAACAUGCAUGUUAUGAAAAUCUACAUCACCACCCCUACAUGGUAUUUUAUUUUCCUUUUUAUUCUAUUUUAUGUAAAUCGCCUAUUUUAAUUUUUUAAUUAUAUUUAAUAUUAAUUUUCUUUA